CUUCCACGGUCCGGAAGACGGGAGGCGGCUAGCGUGCUGUGUGGACCUCCGCGGGGCGGCGGCACAGCGAGGGGCGGAGCGCUCACCGCUCCUGGCGCCGCGGGCCAUGGCUCCGCACCAGGUGCCCGGCCGGGGCCGUGCGGGCCGCGAGGACAAGGACGGCUGGGAGGCGCGGGGGAACCGCAAGGCCCGGAAGCCCCUGGUGGAGAAGAAGCGGCGCGCGCGGAUCAACGAGAGCCUGCAGGAGCUGCGGCUGCUGCUGGCGGGCGCCGAGGUGCAGGCCAAGCUGGAGAACGCCGAGGUGCUGGAGCUGACGGUGCGGCGCGUGCAGGGCGCGCUGCGGGGUCGGGCACGCGUCCGCGGCGCAGAGCGUGAGCAGCUGCAAGCGGAAGCGAGCGAGCGCUUCGCAGCCGGCUACAUCCAGUGCAUGCACGAGGUGCACACGUUCGUGUCCACGUGCCAGGCCAUCGACGCCACGGUCGCAGCUGAGCUCCUGAACCACCUGCUGGAGUCCAUGCCGCUGCGCGAGGGCAGCAGCUUCCGGGAUCUGCUGGGGGAUGCCCUGGCCAGGCCAACAGGAGCCCCGAGCUCCCCGCUGCCCAGCCCUGCUGCUCCUGGGGACGACCUGUGCCCCGACCUAGAGGUGGUCCCCGAGGCUGAGCUGAGUCGAGCACCUGCUGAGGGGCGGGACUUGGUGCCUGCAGUCCUUAGCAGCUUGACGGUGGCCCAGAGUGUCUGGAGGCCCUGGUGACUAACGCUACCGGGGAUCUGUGGGGGUGGCCCAGGCCGCCUCCAGGGUCUGGCCUCCUCUGGUGGGUGGCUUGAGGGCAGCAGCCCUUGAUGCCCAGCCCAGGGAGGCCCCUAGCCCUGUUUCCUGAGGGAGGCACUUUAACAGACCCUACAGCUAUGGGCUGGGGUGGGGCUGCCAGCACAGGAGCAAUUGCUUAGAGCUACCAUUCACCUGUCCCGGCCUUCCCAGAUACCGUGGCUCUGGCAGAGGUGACAGGAAUGGUGUUCUUUCCUGAGAACUGGGCACCAGUGUCCUGGGCAGGGACACUCAGGUCCUGACAGCCCCGGGCUCCGCAGAAGCUUAAGUUUGCCAAUUCAGGCAGACCAGGGGAGCCAGGUGCAUCUCGAAGCAGCACUCAGCAGCUCUGUACAGGCUGGUUUGUAGCACACUUGAGUUCAUGUACUUGGUUGCCAUGGAAUGUUUCGAUUGAAUUAAAGAACUUUGAGGUUGGUUACCUUCGAGGUA